AUGGUGGAACAUAUAAUUGAAUUAAAACUUAGCAAAAAUCUUAGAGUUGUAACAACUUUAUCAUCUGAACUUUUUUGUAGGUACUAUAACAAUAAUGUGUGUCCCCAGUCUUAUGCUCAUUCUACAGAUGAUGAUGUUGGCUCAGGAUCACAUGUACACAUCAGUUUGUUUAAGAAUGGAGAAAAUAUUUUUAUGGCAUCUGGUGAACCAAAUAGGUAUGGGAUGUCCCUGAUAGGAGAAUCAUUCAUGGCUGGGAUAUUAGAUCAUCUUUGUUCCCUAUGUGUAUUUACGAUGCCUAUCUCUAAUAGUUAUGAGCGCUUAAUACCUAAGGCACGGAAUUCAUCAUUCAUUUGCUGGGGGAUAGAAUGUAAAGAGUUACCUGUAAGAGCUUGUUGCCCUCCUGGAGUUCCAAAUGGUGUGGUAACCAAUUUUGAAAUGAAAACAUUUGAUGGAUCUGCAAACCCACACUUGGGUCUAGCAUCAAUAAUUAUUGCUGGCAUCGAUGGCAUGCGAAGAAAAUUACCAAUUCCAGGACCAGUAGAGCCAGAAUCUUAUGACUUCGAUUGGAACAACGAUGAUAUAAAACUACCAUGGUCUCUUAGAUGCGCUAUUAUCCAUAUGGAUUCAGAUAAAUGGUUUAAUGAAAUGUUGGGUAAAGAAUUUAUAUGCACCAGAGGAGGAGUUGUUGGGGAAGAGAUCGGACACGAUUUCUGUGGUGGAGACGAAAAAUACAAGCACAUUAUGUUUAAUUAUUAGGUUUUCGCUUAUCUAUUUCUAACAUCACCAUGCUUUAUACUCUUCUAAUUUGUUUUGUUGUAUCAUAUUUUUUAUCUGCUCCUCUUAUGGACUUGUUUGAUUAAUUCUUUGUUUCUUACUGCUUUUUAUCUUUG